AUGUUCGCCAAGCAGCUCUCAGUAUUAGCGUCUAUCGCUUCAGGUGUAAGCAUUUGCUUAGCCAUUGUAGCCGUUGGAUAUCUAUUUAACGACAUCAACAACUUCUACGAUGAUGCUAUGGGAGAGCUAGACGAAUUCGAGGUCACUGCCAAUGCUGCCUGGAAAGAUAUGGCUGAAAUCAUCCGAGCAGAGUCUCGCCGUGGAGUGAACAACGUUCAUAUUCGUGCAAAGAAACAAGCAGGUGGCUCGUGCAACUGUGCAGCAGGACCGAAUGACUGCCCUCCAGGACCUCCAGGACCGCCAGGGGAGCCAGGACUUCCAGGAGAGGACGGCCCUCCAGGAGAAAACGGAAGGAAUGGCAACAAUGGUGGAACGUCAACAGGAGGUAACAUUGGAUGUGUACAGUGCCCUGCAGGAAUACCAGGACCGCCAGGACCCGAUGGUGCGGCUGGACCAGCAGGGCCGGAUGGACAGCCUGGUCAGCCGGGCGCUCCUGGAACCGGUACUGGUCAGCCAGGGCCACCUGGACCACCUGGAGAUGCAGGACAGCCCGGACAGGAUGGAGCCCCUGGACAACCCGGUGCCCCAGGACCACCAGGUAUACCUGGGCAGCCAGGACCGGACGGACAGCCUGGUAUCGGACAGCCAGGGCCACCAGGACCUCCGGGACCAAAUGGUAAUGACGGUCAACCUGGUAGCGAUGGUGCACCUGGUCUUCCAGGAAAUGAUGGAGACAAUGGAGGAGAUGGCGAGUACUGCCCAUGCCCACCACGUAACAGUAAUUCUCCAGUGAGCGGCGGAUCUCAAACCCAAGAUAUCUCAAACAGCGGAGGAUAUGACGGAGCCGGCAGUGAGCCAGGAAGUUCUGGAGCGCCUGGCCUACUGCCACCUGGCGCUAAGGUUCCUGAAGGAUUUGAGGUCGUAGAGGUGGAAGUCACUGAAGGAGAAGAUCAUGAUGCAUCGAUGGACGUGCAAGGUAAUAACGGUCCCUCUGGGUACAGCAUCCGUCGCCGCACCAUCAGACGCCCGAAGAAGCUUCGACGAUCCAAGGCGGUCUAA